CGAUAAAACGAGCGUGGUGCGAGUGUUGUACGAUCGUGUAUUUACGUUGUUUGUUAUUCGGCAGCGACGCCACGCGAUAAUACCACCGAACUCCGCGAUUUCGUAUCGUGCGUGUACGUGUGCGUGUGCGUGUUCGUGUGCGCGCGCCGAACGCUGCGAGGUAACGGCAUCCCUUAUGUCGAAAAACUGGAGGAUAUUUCAUCAGCAAUAUUUUUACCACGCACUGUUUUUUAAACAUUCCAACAUCCCUCCCCGUGCCGCCGCCGCCGCCGCCGUCGCGCAGACACGCCGCAUACCUAUCCCGGUGAACAUUUCUUUCACUGUGUAAACGAACAAUCCACGCCGUUUCCGGUGCGUGUCGUGUACGUUACCAUUAUAUCGUACAACAUAAUAAUAAUAUAACGUAGCAGUAUAUAAUAUAAUAUAGCAGUGCACGUUAAACACGGCCGAGGACAUCCGUUAAAAACCGCACUCGGCGGCGCUGCAGCGGCAGCACAUACUACUCGCGCGUAAGACGGCCACCCGGUUUCUUCCCCUCUCCGCGGCGCGGGUCGCAUUAUUUCCCCCCCGCACGCGCCUCGACGACGACCACGACGACAACGACCCCUCCACCGUGUGUGUCGGUCGCGGCGCCGCGCCGGUAUAUAAAACGUCCCCCGGAAAAACGAAUUCGGGCGCGAGUGGGGAGGGGGCCCUCCCCGCCCGUGCGGCACGAUUGCGCCGUGCAUGUCCGUCUGCUGCAGUGAUCGGUGCAACGGUCGAGGCGCAGAUCCGGUCCGACCGGGAGCGUUACCUACCUAUUUGAAAAAAAAAAAAAAAAAACCAUCAGCGACGACGACGACGACAACAACAACAACAACAACAACAACAACAAUAACAACAACAUCGGCAGAAGAACCAAAACACGCGGUGCGCACAAAAACGCCACGCCGCCGCCGUCUACUAGCAGCAGCAGCAGCGCCUGCAGGCCUGUCGGGCCGUGCCACGCCGUAUUAUAACUUCGAAAUGACAGGAAAACGAAUUGUGGUAAUGGCCAGACAUGGCGAAAGUGAAUGGUCUAAAAACAACGUGUUUUGUGGAUGGUACGAUUCACAUUUGUCUGAUCGAGGUACGAACGAAGCACUCGAAUGUGCACAAUUGUUGAAACAAUCAAAUUAUAAAUUCGACAAAGCUUAUACAUCUUUGUUGACUAGAGCUCAUCAAACUUUGAAGAUAAUUACUGAACACAUCGAUCAGCCAAAUCUACCAGUAGAAGAGUCAUGGAGACUAAAUGAAAGACAUUACGGAGCUUUGACCGGAUUUAAUAAAGCUGAAUUAGCUGAACAAUAUGGUGAAAAUCAGGUACAAAUUUGGAGACGAAGUUUUGACGUUCUUCCACCAGAGAUGGACAAGUCACAUGCAUAUUAUAUGUCCAUUUGGUGCCAUCCAAAAAUCGUUGCUCACUCAUACACCACAAGUGAAAAAUUCCCUUCUACCGAAUCGCUUAAAGAGACUAUGGAGAGGGUUAUACCUUAUUGGGAUGAUUAUAUUGUGCCUAAUAUUAAACGAGGACAACGAAUUUUAAUCGUUGCCCAUGGUACGGUUUUGCGAAGUCUUAUCAAGUACUUAGAUGGGGUAUCAGAUAAUGAUAUUUGCUCAAUAAACAUCCCUUCGGGUAUUCCAUUCGUUUACGAAUUUGAUGAUGAUAUGAAAGUUUUAUCUUCAAAAAAGUUUUUGGGCGAUAAAAAACGAAUCGAAGAAGGAAUUGCAAGAGCUGCGUCAAUCGGUUCUCAUUAAACUGCCAAUUAUGAAAUCGACUUCAGCAAAUGACUAUUUUUAAUUUGGAAUUUUGUCAGAUAUUUGCUAAUUAAUUAUUAUGUUUUAUUUAAUUUUAUAAGUUAAUUUUUAAAUAUAUAAUUAUUGAUAAAAUAUUCUUUUUAUAAUAAAAUAUAGUAUUAAUAAUUUAAUGAAAAAUAUUUAUUUGUGAGUUAAAUGUAUUGGAGAUAAGUAAAACGCAUGAGCGAAAAUCAAAAUAUAUUUUUCUAUAAAUUAUAAAAUAAA